AUGGGUAACCUCGUUGCGCGUGGGAACUCUGGCCAGACCAGACUAGAGACUAACCAGCCUACCACUAGGAGCAAAAAAGUAGGAAACUCUUCACUAAGGAUCCGAGAACCAGUGGUAUCGGCAGGCGCGUCCCCUGCAGGCGCACCGUCUAGAGGUGCGGCUGAAAUUGACGGCUUAGAACCGCAAACGCACGGUACGGAAUCCGAAAAUGUUCAUACGGAUCCUGAACCGCGUCGCUCGCCGUCUGAAACGCGCGGCGUAGCUGGCAGCGAUUUGUUAGAGGAUAGUUAUUUUUCAGCGGAGUCUGACGGCUUUGUAACGGGUUACACUGAACGGAUUAUAGCGGGGGAAGGAGGCGCAGAUGAUGCGAACGGGGUAGACGACGAGGUGCAGCUGCGCGUUCGCGCGGGAGUUUCCGUUGCUGAUGCUUGUAACGAAGAGGUUAGAAACGAGCGGAUGGAUGUAGAGACGGAAGAAGAGGAAAAUCUGGAUGGAAAAAUGAUGGAGGAGGCAGCGGAUGAUGCGGAAGAUACGGAACAUGCGGGUGAUGCGGCGGAGGAGGUGGUGGUUGUGGAGAUUGAUGAGGACGGGUUGAGCGCAAGGGAGGAAGAGAGGGAGGAGGAAGAGAAGGAGGAGGAAGAGAAGGAGGAUGAAGAGGAGGAGGAGGAGGAAGAGGAGGAGGAGGAAGAGGAGGAGGAGGAAGAGGAGGAAGAGGAGGAGGAAGAGGAGGAAGAGGUUGAUGUAGAGAUUGAAGGGGAUGAGCUGCGCGUAGAGGUAGAGAACGACACGUUUAACGUAGAUAUAGAGGACGACGCGUUGCGCGUAGAUACAGAGGACGACGCGGUGAGCAUGGAUAUAACGGAUGAGGAGGUAGAGGAAAGCAUGCACGCGGGCAUGGCUGCAGUUAACGCGUUCGUUGGUUUGCAUCCCGUGGAGGCGGGCGGAAGAGGCGUCUCCGCCCCGCGCGGGGCCCGCGGCGGAAGGGACGGCGCGGGGAAUAGCGCGGAGGAUGUGCGCGGGGCGGAAGGGCCCCGGACUCCCGACGGGUGGUUUGGGGAAUCAACUCUAGUAGGCGCGCGGGAUGGGGACCGGGGGAACGUUAGCGCGGAGGAUGGCCGCGCGGGGAGCUCAAGGGAAGGCGCGGAUGAAAGUUCGGGAAGUAGAGCAGCGGAUGGCGCAGCGGGUUGCAGAAGGGAUGGUGCACGAAAGGAAGGGGAAGGGGAAGGGGAAGGGAGGAAAGGGAAGCAGCGAGGGGGGCGCAAGUCGGUGGGGAGGGGUAGGGUGGGGCAGGGAAGAAGGAGAACCGGGAAGGGCGCGGGAGAAGAAUCGGCUAGGACGGGCAUGGGCGAAGGGAGUGAAAGCACGGGCAACGGGCAGGGGCGGUCGGGGGUAGCGGAAAUGCAGGCGGGUGGUACGUUCCAGGGGAAGGAGGACGAGAAGCAACGCACGGGAGGAGGGACAACGAGGAAAGAAGUGCGAACGAGGGGUCAGGCGCGGUUGGCAGUGUUGAGGCAACUGAGCUUCCGGCGGGUGCUGAGAGGGCAAGUAGUGACUGCUGCAGCAGCAUCAGAUGCAGCGAGGGUGCCCAAUGCAGGAGCACCUCCAGGAGCAGCGUCAGGUGCCACGUCAGGUGCAAUGCCAGGAGCAGCAUCAAGAACAGCGGCCGUAACACGAGCAGCAGGAGGAGGUAAGGCCGGGGGGGGUGGUGCUGCUGGCUCGUCUGGAAGGGCUCCGUUAAGAGUUAUAGGGGAUGCGUUGGAUAAAGGGAGGGCUGCGGCUACAGCUGGGGCAGCAGCGAAAUUGAGGAAGGAGAGGAGGGAGAGUGCGAAGAAGGGGGAGAGGGCGGAGAGGGCGGAGAGGAGAGGUAAGGCCAAGGCUCGAGAUGCCUUGUGGGUGAAACGGCAGAGCUUAGAACGAGGGGCGAAGGCCGGUGCGAAUACAAGGGCGAAAGCAGGGGCGAAAGCAGGGGCGAAAGCAGGGGCGAAAGCAGGGGCGAAAGCAGGAGGGAAAGCAGGGGCCAAAGCAGGGGCGAAAGCAGGGGCGAAAGCAGGGGCGACUCCUGAGUUUAUGAAGGUGCGUUUGAGGAAGGGGCAGAGAGGAGGGGUGAGGGGCGGAGGGGUGAGGGACGGAGGGCAGAGGAAGGAAGGGGCUGGGCAGCCAAGUGGGGUGAUUCCUGAGCUUAUGAAGACGCGUUUGAGGAAGGGGCUCAGAGGAGGGAAGGGGCGCAGAGGAGGGGUGAGGGGCGGAGGGCGCAGGGGGGAAGAGGCUGACUUGUCUGGUAGUGCGAGUCCUGAUGUGGUGGGUGUGCCUGUUGUGAAUGUGCAUGUGACGAGCCACGGAUUGGAGGUGCCUGCGGCGGGGCAUGGGUUGGAGGUCAUGAAGACCCCUUUGAGGAAGGGGCAGAGACGAGGGGUGAGGGGCGGAGAGCGCAGGGAGGAAGGGGUUGAUCCGCCUGGUCGUGCGAGUCCUGAUGUGGUGGAGGUGCCUGUUAUGGAGCAUGGGGGGCCUACGGUGGAGCAAGGGUUGGAGGUAGAGGUAGAGCGUGGUAGGCCGUGUGGUGUUACUUCUGCUGAAACGCCUCAGAAGGGAAGGCUUAGGCCGUGUGGUGGGGCUGUACAGGGAGGAAGGAAGCGGAAGCGGGCAGAGGCGAGGGUGGGAGAAGCAGAGGGCGCCGGUGGGGGGCUUGCAGCUGCGGAGGAGGAAGCAUGUAGAGGCGUGGGUGCAUGGGAUGCGUCUCUUUUUAUUAGUUCUCCACGUGGGAAUGCAGGAUGUGCAGGGACUGCAGUGGGAGUAGUGGAAGCAGUGAGGGUGGGGGAAGCAGAGGGCUCAGACGGGGGGGUUGCAGGUGGGGAGGAAGAAUCAUGUAGCGGCGUUGGCGCAUGGGAUGAGUCUCCUUUGAAUAGCUCUCCACGUGGGGCUGCAGGGACGUCUGUCACUGCAGGGAGAGCAGUGGGAGCAGGAAGAGCAGGGAGAGAAGAGGAAGCAGUGAGUGGGGAAGUGGGAGCAGUGGGAGUAGUGAGGGCAGGGACUGGAUCUGCAGCAGCAGCAACUGCUGCUGCGUUUGGGAGUCCCAUUGAUGUAGCUCCCAUUGAUGUAGCUUCGCAUGAUAAUGUCACACGGUCUGCCAAUGCUGCCACUGCUGCCACAGCUGACGCGACCAAUGCACCAUCCCCUAGUGCGCAUGCUACUCCCGACUCGCCACUGCCCGCAACACCGCCCACUGCUUCCUCCCGUCACCAUCGAUCCACUGCUGCUGGUGCUGCCAACGCUACCAACACAGCCAACGCAACAACCCCCAGCAUGCCGGCUCCUUCCGACUCGCCUCUACCUGCCACACCGCCUCCUGCUGCCUCACGUCGUCGCUGCUCCACCCCUCCCCCUCCUCCUCGUGCCACUGCCCCCCACCGACCGUCCCACUCAUCUUCACGGCAGCCUCCCCACCCGCUAUCGCACCAGCCUCCCAACCGAAACCACAAGGAUUUGUUACACUCUCCAACACCCAGCCGUGUGGCUUCUUAUUUGAAAUCCCCAAAUGGCGGAGGUGCUUUUAACUUUAUACCUCCCAGACCCGUCACCAUCGGCCCUGGCAUUGCGGUGGAAUACUCAAGGAGUGGUCGCCCGCGCUUCCGUCCCCUGGCCUACUGGUUGCAUGAGAGAGUCUUCAGUCCAGUGGAUGUGGAGCGGUCAGCUAUCCUGCUAGACUUGACUGAGGAGAGGGAUGGGGGGAGAGGUGGGGCGGCAAAGGAGGGAGGAGAGCGUGGAAUGGAGGAGGGCGGAAGUGGGGAGGGAGAGGUGGGUGCUGAGGUGGUGAUGGAGGGGGCUGAGGAGAGGAGAGAGGAGGGAAGAGGGGAGGGAAGAGGGGAGGGAGGGCAGGAGAGAAGGGAGGAGGAGGGAGUGGAGGGCGGAGGGCAGGGAGAUGGAGAUUUAGGAGCAGGAGGAGAGGGAGAAGAGGAGGGAAGAGGGGAGGGUGAAGGGGAGGAGGAAGAGGAGCGGAACGGGGAGGGUGGGAGGGAGAACGAAGCAGUGUCAGCUCCUGGAAGGGUGGCUACAGAUGAGGAUGCUGUAACAAGUGUGACUCCAGCGAGUGGGUUGAAGGGAGCUGGGCGAAACGCUGAUAGGGCUGCCAAGGCUGCUUGGACAGUGGUGGGAGGAAGAACUGGGACUGGUAGGGCUGCCAAGGCUGCUGCUCUGGCUCGGAUAUUCCGAACCUCGAGAACAGGGCAGAAGGGGAGAGUGGAUGUGGGUGCGGAGAAGGGAAGAGUGGUAGAGGCUGCGGAGGAAGGGAGAGUGGAGGGAAGAGUGGUGGAGGCUGUUGGAGAGGGGGGUGACGGAUUGGGUGGGAGUGUGGCGAGACAGCAAGAUGAGGGGGAAAGCAUGGGAAAAGGGAAUGGGGAAGCGAAGGGGAAGGCGAAGGGGAAAGCGAUGGGGAAAGCGAGUGGUCUCAAGAGGAAAAGAGAGGAGGUGCAGGAAAUGGAAAGGAGGAGUGUCAGGGUGACCCGAUCAAUGGCUAGGAUUGCUCGAGGGGAUAUCGUUGCAGUGGGGAAGGGGGGAGGGAAGGGGAAGGGGCUGGGGAAGGAAAAGGGGGAAGGGAAGGAGAAGGGGGAGAGGAAGGGGAAGGAGAAGGGGAAGGGGAAGGAGGACUGUCAUAUGCCCACUUCCCCAUCCUAUGUCCCCCCAUCAUCACCCCACAGUGACAGUCCCCCAUCCCCAUCCCACGACGACCAAUGCCUCGCCCUGGUCCCAGCGCCCCCCCCACUCUCCCCUCCUCCCUCUGUCAACGUCUCCAAAUCUACUCGCAAUCGCCCCUCUGCCUCACCCUCUGCCUCUGCAUCUGCCACUGACGCUGCCGCUGCUGGUAACCCUAUGGCUUCACCGUCACACGCACCUAGAAACCGAGCCAAUCAGAACAACCGCGGUCAGAACCACCCCUCUCAAGAUGACCCCCCUGAAAGCCCUGCUGCUGCUCCUGCUUCCGCUCCUGCCGCUGCCCCAGCUCUAGAUCACAUGGGGUGGACGGCAGGGGAGGUGAGAGCGUUUCACCAGGCUAUGAGCGCUGUUGAUCCGCAAGAAGACGGGUUCUGGGGGAAGGUGGCCAAGUGGGUGCCUAACAAGACUGCAACCGAGUGUUUCAACCGGCACAAUGCGCAGUUUCCCACGCCUCAUAAAGGGAGGGAACGGCAGAGGCGGUUGAUUGGGGGGGGUGGGAGGCGGGAGGAGGAGCGGCAGCAGCAGCAGGGGCGGCAGCAGCAGCAGGGGCGGCAGCAGGGGGAGCAGGGGGAGGAAGUGCGGGAACAGCAGCAGCGAGGGGUGCCGCUUGGAGAGUCCUCACAUGCUGACUUCGUUGCUGCUUGUGUGGGGUUUGGUCCUAGGGGAGGUGCGGAUGGUGCAGGGGAGGGCGGGGAGGGGUUGGAAGGGGUGGACAUGGGUGAGAUUGAGUUUCGUAGGGGGGAAAGCCGCCGUGCGGCAAGGAAUAGAGGAAGGCAGGUGGCGGUGCGAAGCGAGUGUGCUGAAGCAGGGGCGAUUGUGGUUGGGGGAAAGGGGAAGGCAGUUGUGGGGAAGGGAAAAGCAGCUGUGGGGGCACGCAGGGGAAGGGGAGGCGGGAGGGAGGUUGUGACGGUGGACGGAAUUGGGGCAGGCGGAGCGGAAAAAGGGUGGAAGCUUCCUCAAACAAAGGCUGGGCUGAUGGUGGCUGCACACAGGAGGAUGCGAGAUACGUGUGCCUUCCAGACGGUGGUAGCAGUGCAGUGCCAGCAUAAGGACGACUUCACGCAGCACGAUGAGGAAAUCAGCGCCAUGUCUGCUGUCGCCCCGCGCCUUGCCCUCGCCAUGUCCUCUGCUGCUCACAAGAGGCUGCACUGCCCUGCAGCAGCAGCAGCAGGUGCUGCUGCCAUUGCCCCCGCUCCUGCUGCUGCUGGCUCUUCUGCUGCUGCUGCUGCUGCUGCUAGUGCUGCUGCUUCAGGGAACGGGGAACGAGGUGCAGCAGGGGAGACUCCGGAGGGGUUAAAACUAAAGCGCCUGAAGAUUAGCCUCGUCACCUGCUACAACCGCCCAACCGGCAGCAGCGGAGCCGCAAUGCCGAAGCUCCGCCAACCGCGCCUCUCCUCCGUGCGCCGUCUCGCGCCCCCCAGCUCCGCGGACUCCGACCCUCCGCCGCUCCCCCGACGCCAUUCCCGCGGCUUGCGCAGUCUCCCCCUCCCCCUCCCGCUGCUGCUGCUCGUCGCGCUGCUCCGCCACGCGCCCGGCGCCGCGGGUCUCCUCCGCCUCAAGUCGCCGCAGCAGAUCACCUACUCCUUCGCCUCCACCGACGCCGACUUCGGCCCCGUCAUCCCGUUCAGCGGCCUCUGGGGAAGGCUGUAUACGACGCUACCCGCCAACGCAUGCCAGCCGAUUCAGAAUCGCGUGCCGCCCGGCACCGUGCAGUUCGCGCUGAUUGCGCGCGGGGACUGCUCGUUCGGGCGCAAGGUGCAGAACGCGCAAUUCGCGGGGUACGCUGCUGCGAUCGUGUACAAUAACGAAUCCAACCAAGACCUCGCUAUAAUGACGGAGAAUCAGCGCAUGGGCAUCAUGAUUCCCUCUGCAUUCAUCUCUCUCGAAGACGCAACCACGGUUCUCUCAGUCAUCCAGCCCUACCCCGACACCAUAACCAUCCUCUACCCCUCCCAACCGUACUACACCACCUCCGCCUACUCCUGGUCCUUCAUCAUCUGGAUCUCCUCCCUCCUAGCCAUAGGCAUAAUGCUCCUUGCGUUUCUCUGCGUGUGCCGGUAUAGGAUUAGGAAUGCGGUGGCAGGAGCGGCGGCGGCUGCGGGGGUGAGUCCGGCUUUUCUGCCCAUUCACCUGACCGCCUCACCGGAUAAGAUGACUUUGGAGGAGGUUAUGGCGCUGCCCGAGAAAACUUUUUUGGGGCUGCCCAGUCUCAAACGGGCAGAGGCUGAAAAAAAGGAUGGCAGCAGCAGCAGCUGUAAGGGGGAUAUCAGUGAAGGGGUUGAGAAGGAGAAGGCUGAUGGGAGGGAAGGGGUUGAAACGGCAGAUGAAGGUGCAGAGAGUGACUGUAACGAGCUGGAGAGCAGUCAGGAGAAACUCAAGGGGAAGCAUCAGGUGGACGUUGUUAUAGUGAGCGAAGGGCGGAGGCCCUCGUGUGACUAUAUCCGACGGGGGGACGUGGAGCUGAGUCGACAGAGCAGUGUGCGGAGCAGAGUGUCUUUUCGCAGUGCGGAAGGAGAGGGGCAGGAGGAGGAGGAUGGGGAGGAGGUUAUUUACCGAAGCACGUGGGAGACGUGUGCGAUUUGCCUGGAGGACUAUGAAUGUGGGGACCGGCUGAGAGUGCUGCCGUGCAGUCACGAGUUCCACACCGAGUGUGUGGACGAGUGGCUUACAACCCGGCAGCCCUUCUGCCCUGUCUGCAAGCGCAUCGCUCGAACCCCGAAGAAAACACCGCAAGAGGCCACCGCCUUAUCUGCCUCUUCGUCGUCGGCAUCGUCGUCGACAACUGAUCUGGAAAUGGCGAGUGACAUCCAGCUCUUGUCGCACGUAUCUUCCGAAUCCACCAUUCCGGGAGCGAGUGUUCACGGAUCGAGCGCUGGGGUUCAAGGGCAAGAUUCGGCACCGCAGACUCGGCACGGCCAACAGGAGGGAGGGAGUAUGACGAUAAACGUAGAGAACCAAGCAAGUGCUCAACCUCUUGUUGCUGCACACUAUGUCGCGGCGUACGCUGCGUUCCCGCAGCACCGCACGGUAAUCGUCGCGGUUAGCGCGGUCGGGAGCCUGGUGCGCGGCGGCAAGAAGAAAAAGGAGGUCUUGAAGCAUAAGUCGUUUAUCGCCGGCGACCCCGACCGUGGCGUGAAGCUCGAAUGGAGCGACAUCACGUGCCAGCUUCUCGAUAAGAAGGGAGAAGAGGUGAAGAAGCUGCUGGAUGGGCUGAACGGCAGCGCGAGGCCCGGUCGGUUGCUGGCGAUCAUGGGCCCGUCGGGGUCCGGUAAGACGACGCUGCUUAACACUCUCGCGGGUCAGCUGCCUAAGAGCAGCAAGAUCGCGCUCUACGGUUCCAUCCGCGCUAAUGGCAUCUCCAUUGCUGAUUCAUGGCACAAGCAGGUGUACGUCCGGCAGGAGGACAUUUUCUUUUCGCAGCUGACGGUGCGGGAGACGCUGGUGACGGCGGCGAAGCUGCAGCUGCCCUCGUCCAUGUCGGACGCGGAGAAGGAGCAGCACGUGGAGGAGCUGCUGCAGCACCUGGGGCUGGUGUACGCGGCGGGUACCAUAGUGGGCGACAACAAGACGCGCGGCAUCAGUGGCGGCGAGAAGAAGCGGCUGUCCAUCGCGUGCGAGCUGCUGGGUAACCCGUCCGUGGUGUUUGCAGACGAGCCCACCACGGGGCUGGACGCGUACCAGGCGGAGAAGGUCAUGCAGACGCUUAAAGACCUUGCUAAGGAAGGCCGCACCGUCAUUUGCAGUAUCCAUCAGCCACGUGGCAGCGUGUUUGACAUGUUUGAUGACAUCAUGGUGGUUGCGGGCGGCAAGCUCGUCUACUCUGGGCCAGCAGGGGACGCAUGCCUCGAGUAUUUCAAGAAUCAGGGACACGAGUGCCCUCUGCACUCCAACCCAGCAGAGUUCCUCUCAGACCUGGUCGGCACCGACCACUCCUCCCCCGACACCGAAGCCCAGUCCGCCGCACGCAUCAACCGCCUCAUCCAAGCCUUCGCCUCCCACUCCGCCGCCCAGGCCGAUACCAGCGCCGCCCUGGCCAUCUCCUCUGCCCUCCAAGCAAGCCUAGGAGACGAUGACGACGAGGAGGAGGAGGGGGAGGAAGGGGGGGAGAAGGGGCAGAAGCGGAAGAAGAGCCUCGGGCUGUCCGCAGCCAAGGCAGAUGCGGACGGGGCAGGCUUCUGGCAGCAGUUCAAAAUCCUCUUAGUCCGAGCCUGGCGCCAAACCACUCGCGACCGAGCCACCAACGUGGUCCGGGCCAUGAUGAACCUCACCUCUGCAGCCAUUUUCGGGUCCAUCUUCUGGCGUAUGGGCUUCGGGCAGACCACCAUUCAGGACCGCAUGGGACUCCUGCAAGUCGCAGCGAUCAACACCGCCAUGGCUUCCAUUACCAAGACGCUAAAUGUGUUUCCGAAGGAGAGGCAGAUUGUGGAGAGGGAGCGGGCCAAGGGCGCGUAUGCGGUGGGGCCGUAUUUUCUCUCCAAGCUGGUCGCUGAGCUGCCGGUGACGGCGUUUUUCCCCGCGCUGUUCUCGGUGGUGUGCUACCCCAUGACCGGUCUGCACCGCACUAUACCCAGGUUUCUCAAGUUCAUGGGAGCAACAACGGUCGAGUCCUUCACCUCAUCAGCCAUGGGCCUCACAGUGGGGUGCAUUGCCCCCACCGUCGAGGCAGCCAUGGCGCUCGGCCCCUCCAUCAUGACGGUCUUUAUCGUCUUCGGAGGGUACUACGUCAACCCCGACAACACGCCUGUCAUCUUCCGCUGGAUCCCCAGCACCUCCCUCAUCCGCUGGGGCUUUGAGGCGCUGUGUGUGAACGAGUUUGAUGGGCUGACCUUCGAGGCAACCAAGCCCACGGACCUGAGCACGGGCAAGCAGGUGCUGGAGCGCCUCUCCUUCUCUCCCUUCUCUCCCUACCCCACCGCGCUGUGUGUGAACGAGUUUGACGGGCUGACAUUCGAGGCAACCAAGCCCACGGAUCUUCGCACCGGCAAGCAGGUGUUGGAGCGCCUCUCCUUCUCCGAUAGCUCCGUGGCGAAAUCCGUGCGCAAGGAGGUGCAGAUCAUGCUCGGCUGGUACUGGGCGUCUGCCUACCUGCUCCAGAAGAAAAACCCCGAGUUUACCAAGCUGCUGCCGGUGUCUAAGCUGCAGGGGAAGAAGGGGGAGAGCGAGUCUGGUAAGGGAGUUGAGGAGGGGACGAGUGUGAAGAGCAGUGUGGUUAUAGAGGAGGUGAUUGAAGCGAAGGAGGAGAGUGCGGCGGCGACGGAAGAGGUGGCAACAGAGACGACUACUACUACCACCACCACCACUACCGUAACCACCACCACUGCUGCCACCGUUGCCACUGAGUCUGCUAGUGUGGAGGUUGAGACCGCUGAGGAGGAAUUUGUCGAGGCUGAAUCUUAG